CUACGCAAAGAUGGGUCGUAUGCAUGCACCAGGAAAGGGUAUAUCCCAGUCAGCAUUACCUUAUAGACGCAGUGUUCCAACAUGGUUAAAACUAACACCCGAGGACUGUAAAGAAUUAAUCCACAAACUAGCUAAAAAGGGACAUACUCCAUCUCAAAUUGGUGUAAUUCUUCGAGAUUCUCAUGGAGUGGCUCAAGUACGUUUUCGUACUGGAAAUAAAAUUCUCAGGAUUGUCAAAAGUAUGGGUCUUGCCCCAGAUUUGCCAGAAGAUCUUUACUAUUUGAUCAAGAAGGCUGUUGCUAUCAGGAAGCACUUAGAAAGGAAUCGCAAGGACAAAGAUAGCAAGUUCAGAUUGAUUCUUGUAGAAUCUAGAAUCCAUCGACUUGCCCGAUAUUACAAAUCAAAGGGUACUCUCCCAGCAAAUUGGAAAUAUGAGAGCUCUACUGCUAGUGCUCUUGUUGCUUAA